UUAAAAUCAAUACCUGGUGUCGGAGGUAUGAAUAAGCAAAGUCCAGCACAUGAGAGAAAAUGGCGAGUGUGGUAAUUGUCCUCGUCUUAGCAUUUGCUGCUGCUUCUGCCACAGAUGUUAAUUUCAAAAAUAUCUUCCACCAAACUACAAAAGAAGUUCAAAACCAGAAACUCACUGAUGUAAAUGGCAGUGUCCCCUCUUGGCUGUCAGGUGACUUCGUUCGACAAAACUGUGCUUCUUUUGGAGAUAUUGAUGGGAAGAAAUAUGAUUAUGUGUCACAUUUGUUUGACUGCAUAUCAAUGGUUGGAAGAUACAAAAUAGAAAAUGGUGGCGUUAGCUACUCAAAUAGUAUCUACGAUACAAGACAAAAAAGAAUCUGGGAGCAUUAUGGAAAUAAUAUCAGUGCCUCAAAAGUGAGUUGGAGAACAAUAUUUUCAGACAUUGACGAGGCGGCCUACAAGAAAGAGACUGGAAUCAAGUAUAACGAAACACUCCCUGUUAGCCCCACUGUCAGUUUUUGGCAGUCUAGGGCAAGCGACCCAGUGCUUGCUAUUACUGAGUCAAUAUUCAGUCCAACAGAACUCAAGAUCCGGCCAGACCUCGAAGUUGUUGGUUUGUAUAUGGGAAAGCUGGUAAAUCAUGGAUUCCCAGCAGGGUUCUAUCAAGGUGCAUUAGUGAUUGAUAAUCCGGCACAUGAGCAAACCGAUCCGGACGGAACAAUAUGGACUACGACAGUUAGAAUCCAGUCUCCAACAACAACAAAGAUAGAUGAUUUGGAGGCUGCAAUCGCAGUUUACAAGAUAAGAGGUCGGAAUAGGACAAUGGUAACGAAACAUGUCUUGGGAAAGUACAACCUUACCAAAUGUUCCUCGUUGACUCAGGAGGACUUAAAUAUCAUGCCUGGAUAUUCCCAUUUCAUACAGACGACUGAAAGGUACAUACUUGUCCCACAGACAUCAUACCGUUUUGAUUAUUGUCAAUCCUAUAAAAACCGCGGGAAAAUAUUUCCAGGAUUCCAUGAUUACGUGUGGCACCCGCGGGUUAACGCAAGCAUUUUGGUUUUUGAUCGUAAUGAUAUGAGUAAGGUGCAAGAGGUCUACCUACCAUAUGCGAAGUUUUUCACCCAUGAUGUCAAUGCUUACGAAGACAGCACGCAUAUAUACCUAGAUACGCUUGCUUACGAUAACGCCGAUGCCUAUUUGAAAGUGCCUGUUAUAAAAGAAGUUAUUGCGAACCUAGAGUGGAAUACUUCAAUAAUUCGUAUCGCUAUAGACAAGCGAUCUUGGUCCUACGAUGAGGCGAAGAGUGAAGCUUUAACAGCUCAAGAUCCUUUUGGCAGAGCUGAGUUUCCCAUGAUUAAUUACGAGCAGCAUCAUCAAAAGGACUACACGUAUACAUACUUUGUCGAAAAUGCGCUAUAUCGCGAGGCGAAGAUCGUUAAACUGAAUGUUAAGACAAAGAGCAUUAUUCGCUGGAUACCCCCCGUCGGAUUCUACCCACAAGAGCCAAUAUUCAUACAGCGUGAUGGGGGGACUGGGGAGGAUGAUGGUGUCAUUCUGUGCUCUGGCCCCGUUUCCAUGCCUGCAGGAACGAGUUUCUUGGCAAUUUUGAAUGCAACCGACUUGUCACAAAUCGCCCUUGUCAAAAACCCAAGUGCUGCUCCAUUUGGACUUCACAAUCGCUUUUACAAAGCAACACCAGCAGUGGCUACAACAAAGAUAACAAGCUCUCAACAACCGGAUACUACCAACAGACCGGGCACUAACAGCAAACCGGGUACUACAAAAAGACCGGCCACAACUGUGAAAGCAAGUGGACAUCGCAUGCAUCCAUUUGUAAUCCACGAGGUGUUGCUUGCUUGCCUGCUUCUCAUUUUCUAUGGAUUCUGAGCAAGCAUGCACACUUAGCUGCUAUCAAGUACUACGUAUGCUGAUAUAAUGCAAAAUCGAAAGUAAUCAGUAAUCACAGUUAUCGCAGUAAUCAAGUUAGUAACAGUAAUCACAGUAAUCAGACUAAUCACAGUUAUCGCAGUAAUCAAGUUAGUAACAGUAAUCACAGUAAUCAGACUAAUCACAGUUAUCGCAGUAAUCAAGUUAGUAACAGUAAUCACAGUAAUCAGACUAAUCACAGUUAUCGCAGUAAUCAAGUUAGUAACAGUAAUCACAGUAAUCAGACUAAUCACAGUUAUCGCAGUAAUCAGACUAAUCACAGUAAUCACAGUAAUCGAAACAUUAAAGUUAAACACAGUAAAACAGUAGUGAUUCGAUUAUUGGAUUGCCAACCUAAUGAUUUUUUUCAUUAUUAUACCUGUAUCUCUCUCCAA